AUGGCUCCCAAGAUCCUCGUCGUCCUUACCUCCCACGACCAGUUGGGCAACACUGGUAAACCUACCGGAUGGUACCUUCCUGAGCUUGCACACCCCUACGAUGUCUUCGUGAAGGCCGGCGCCGAGCUGGCCUUUGCGUCCCCCAAGGGCGGCGUCGCACCGCUCGACCCCGUGAGCGUCGAAAUGUUCAAGGACGACAGCUCCGUCAACUUCCUCAACAACCACAAGAAUCUCUGGGAGACCACCAAGCCCCUCUCUGAGUUCGCCGACGCCGCCGACAAGUUCGAUGCCGUCUUCUACCCUGGAGGCCACGGCCCAAUGUUCGACCUGGCCACCGACGCGGCGUCGCAAAAGCUCAUUGCAGACUUCGCCUCCAAGGGCAAGGUGGUUUCGGCCGUGUGCCACGGCCCCGCCGUCUUCGUCAACGUCAAGCUGGCCGACGGCACGCACCUGCUCAAGGACAAGGAGGUCACCGGCUUCAGCAACGUCGAGGAGGGCCAGGUGCAGCUAAGCAGCGCUAUGCCCUUCCUGCUCGAGACCGAGCUGGACAAGGCCUCGGGUGGCAAGUAUGUCAAGGCCGCCGAGCCCUGGGGCGAGAAGGUCGUCGUCGCUGGCAACGUUAUCACCGGCCAGAACCCUGCUUCUGCGCACGCCAUCGGUGAGGCUAUCGUGAAGGCUCUCAAGGCAUAA